AUGUUCCGUCCUGUCUGCCUGCUUUAUGGUCAUUCAGCCUCUGUCAGAGCCUGCCGGUUUGUAUCACCUGGCGUAAACUUGUCCUCCCCACGGCUCUCACAGCCCUUGUCUUCUGGACCUUCGUCUUACUCCUCAGCUCCAGUUACGGCUUCAGCAGACGGGGAGGUUCGAGUUUGGCCGCCUGUAUCGAUAGGUUUGGGAAGAGAAGAUGGACUUAACCUCGGAGCACCCGUUCAAUGCCUGGAGAAAAGCCAAGUAUCUUUUCGACUCCCUGGGUCCGGACCAAUCCAUGACAUCGUCCAGAUUUCAGGCGACCAGUGA